UUUCGUGACGCUCGUCAUGCAUGGUGAGGUAUUGAACCAAAACAAUCAAACGUUGGUUUUCUUUUUCGCGUCAAGAAUAUUUAAAAAUGAAGACAAGGAAUUCAGAAUAUAAAACGUCUUACCAAAAGAUACCUACAGAAUAUUGCAACGAACUGCAUGAACAAAUGGUGAAAUACCGAAAUUUACGAAGAGAAAGAGAGUUUGCUCAUGAAAAGAUCAAAUGGGAUUCGUCAGACAGCAGUGGUUGCAGCACACCUUCACAAAACGAAAAUGAAGAGCAUAUCGCAUUCGGAAAGGAGCACGAUGAUGUUGUUAUGCAUGAGAAUGAAAUUGGAAAAGAAAAUCAGGAUCAAGCAGAUGAAGAUACAAUUGCAGAGCCAGAAGCCGUUACUGAAAUACACCAGGAGACAGAUCACAGAAAGAAACGGGCCAGGUCAAAUGUAGAAGUAGAAACGGAAGACAAACCACCAUUCGUUACAUACGGCUGGGCCGAUAAAGAAAUUGAAACAGCCAGGAAAAGGACACACAAUGUAAAAGCUAAUAAAGUUUAUGUAUACCCAGCUGCUUUAAAGAAAUUGAAGCUGGUAAAAGAGAAACAAAUGAGACAGAAGGACGAUAGAGCAGAAAGCAGAGCCUCUGUGGCAGCCGCUUUGAAAAUCAAACAAAAGGUGCAGAAUUCCGAUAUCUGGAUGACAGAAUACCAAAGGUGCUAUUCUCAAGCUUCAGUAUCUAGGCCUGGUUCAGCUUAUACAUCCCGAAGUACCACACAACAAACCGCUAGGAGGCGACCCCAUACAGCAGGAGGUUGCAAUAGAAGAACUCCUAAUCGUUAAUACAACUCUACCAUCAUGUGCUGCAGCGCCUCAUUAUAAUAACGCACUAACUGACUAAAAAUAUAGUUUUGCGGAGACCAGUCUAGAUAUACAAUCAUCAGCAGCAACCUCAGCCAGCUAAAUCUGUUGUGAUGGCAUAGCUCGUUAACCUUCAUAGACUUAAUAGUUACUUGCAUAUUCAAAGAAAACUAUAAAUUCGUUUUUAUAUUUUUUUUAGGUUUUAUUUAAAUUUACAACCCUUUAGAAAAAAAAGAUAAUAAUAAAAAAGAUGUACACUGAAAAGAGAGAAUAGUAAAUGGCAUC